AUGCGACGCCUAGUCAUCGAACAAUCAAAAGAUGAGGAACUGGCUGGAUUCUUCGCCAACGAAGGCAUUUCUUGGCACUUCAUACCCCCAUCUGCCCCUCAUUUUGGCGGAAUGUGGGAAGCCGGCGUUCGUUCCAUAAAACUUCAUAUGCGACGGAUACUUGGAUCCAAGGCUCUCACGUUUGAGGAACUAGCGACUGUUUUGACCCAAAUUGAAGCCAUCCUCAACUCUCGCCCACUGUGCCCAAAUGUGGAUAAUUCGUUGGACCCGCUGACUCCCGCUCAUUUCCUGACUGGAGCUCCUUAUACUGCCCUCUCUGAACCCUGCCGUCUGGAUAUGCAAAUCAAUCGACUGGAGAGGUGGAAUCAGCUGCAAGCUAUGGUCCAAGGUUUCUGGAAACGGUGGCAUAUGGAAUACCUGACAUCGCUUCACGAACGCACAAAAUGGCAUCUAGAAACUGAGAAUCUGAAGAUCGACACACUGGUGGUACUCAAGGAGCCAAAUCUACCUCCCUCUAAAUGGAUUCUUGGACGCAUCAGCGAGGUGCACGCAGGAUCAGAUGACAAAGUACGGGUCGUAACAGUAAAGACGGCCCAUGGAUUCUACAAACGCCCAAUUACCAAAAUUGCUGUCUUGCCUCUGUGCUGA